AAACAUGCUGUUUUAAGUAGCAGAGAACCCUGAAACUGAGAAAUUUAUACGGCUAAGAUGGAGCUCGAAGAAGGAGAGGUCCCAGUAAGUCCGAGUGGUCAAUACUUGAACAGCGAUACGUUAUCAUUCACCAUUCUGGCAGUUCUGGAAUUCGAAGUUCCAGUUGAUAACUUAAACAUUAUUCAGUUGAUUAAGGAUAUGUUCAUCUCCACUAACCCCCGGUUUUCUUCUAUUAUGAUUGGAGGAAGAAAUGAAGUGAAACGAUGGAAACCUGUUCAAGUACAAGUGGAAGAUCAUGUCAAGACCCCGGAAUUUCCCCCAGGAGAAUCACCAGAAGUCUAUGACAAGUGUUUCGAAGAAUAUAUGUCAGAUUUGGCGAUGGAUCCGCUUCCUCAAACCCGACCACUAUGGGAAGUUCAUGUGAUAAAGAAUGAAACAAGCAAUGCAGCUGGAACCGUGAUUCUCAAACUGCAUCAUGCACUUGGGGAUGGUUAUACUUUGAUUGGACUUCUUAUCUCUACUUUUAAGAAAGCGGAUGAUCCUUCCCUUCCUCUCACAUUUCCUUCGCUUCGUUCCAGCUCCAAGCUGAAUGGUAAUUCCAGUAGUAUUUUCAGGGUUGUUCCUCGAAUUUUACAGGGGAUUAUCAACACUAUUACUGACUUUGGAACCAGCAUUCUGAAGAAGGAAGAUGACCGGUCUCCAAUUCGGUCAGCGAAUGAAGGGGUGGAGAUAGGGCCAAGAAACACAACCACUAUUACAUUUUCACUUGACACAAUCAAACAAAUAAAGAGCAGGCUGAAUGUGACGGUGAAUGAUGUAAUAACGGGGAUAAUCUUAUACGGGAGUAGAAUGUACAUGGAAGAAGAAAGCUUUGAGUCAAGAAAUGCAAAUUCCUCAGCUCUGGUAGUAUUCAACACCAGGAACAUAGGUCGUUACAAGUCGGUUGAUGAAAUGGUGAAGCCUAACGCUAAUAAACUUUGGGGAAAUCAAUUCACACUAAGCCAUGUACCUAUUCCAAAACUAAGUCACAUCGGAAACUCUUCAAAUCCUCUCGAAUUCAUAAGGGAAGUACACAAAACAAUGGACAGAAAAAAGAAAUCAUCAGCUGUUUAUAUGACCGCCAGCUUAAUAGAGUGUGUCAGAAAAUUCAGAGGCCCUGAGGUUGCAGCUAAGCUUAUUCACGGCACACUGAAGGAUUCAAGUGUAGCCCUUUCAAAUCUAAUUGGACCAGUGGAACAAAUGGCUUUACAAAAUCAUCCUGUUAAAGGCUUUUACUUCACAGUGGCUGGUGUUCCUGUGAGCACUGGUAUUGCGGUUGUUAGUUAUAUGGGGAAGCUAAGGGUUGCCAUUACAUCGGAGAAAGGCUACAUCGAUGCAGAUAAAUUCAAGUCUAGCAUUCUGAAGGCUUUCAAUAUCGUUUGUAAAAUUACUGCUGAUGUCUAAAUCUGUUUCAGUGAAAUUCAUAUAUUAAGAAUGGUUUAUAGCAAUAUCAGUAGUGACAAAAGAACUUUGUUCAUCAGCUAAUGCGCUAUUUGUGUUUAUACAGUACGAAUACAAUUUCUCUUUCGCAGGGAGUCAGUCUCAAAUAUUCCCUUUUAUUCUA